AUGUCUACUGGCGGUGACGCAGUAGCUCAGAAGUUGGGUUUGGUGGCCUCACCUGCAGAAAGAUUGACAGAGGAUGAAUGGACCCAGGUUAAGAUGAGGUCUAUACUGCAGGAGGAAUCAGCUAAGCCAUGUGCAAUAUGCAGGGAGGACUUUCGCCUUCAGGCUCAGGUGUUGCUGUCUUGCUCCCAUGUUUUCCACAGAAAAUGUCUGCAGGCCUUUGAGAGGUACUCUGGAAGGAAGAGUUGUCCGAUGUGCAGAAGGGAGCAUUAUGAAACGUGUUUAAUUCAUGAUGCUGCUCAACUUUUCAGACAUCAAUGUGCUUCCAGGAUUCAAGCAUAGGGGCAGGGCUAUGUUGCUCGUAAAAAUGUUCAGAAUAUCAAGUUCACCAAAGACAAAAAGCUGAGACGCAAGUUCUUUGAGGAAAGGUUGCCGGAACUGAAUGACAGCUUUGUCCGAUACUGUCACACCGACAUGGAAGCUUUUCUGAGUGAUAUCGACCGUUCGCUGUCAUCAAGCAGACGAGUCUUCGAACAGCUGGAGAGAAAAGGCAUCUCGGAACCUCAGGAGAACGAGUGGGAGCGACUGAAGAGCCAGGUUAUCCACAGAGGUACCUGGGACUGCCCCAUCUGUCUGACUGCAGUGUGUGAGACUGAACUGGCAUCUGAACCUGCCAGAUCUAGCAAUCAACAAGUUAGACGCACCGUGCUGUUGUCAUGUUCCCACCUGUUCCACCAACCUUGUUUAGAGGCCUUCGAGGCCUUUACAGAAGAUAGCAGACCUACAUGUCCUCUCUGCAGAUCUGCAUACCACAAGAAAGUCAUCUAG